GAUGGCAUGCGUACACACUCUUCCAAGAAAAGCAAAGCUGAUGUAUCGACGUCGGGCAUGGUGCCUCCUGCUCAAGUUGCCGCACAACCAUCGAUCCUGGAAAAACUACAACAACAGCUAAACAGGACCAGCUCUGGCCAUACUCGAAACGACUUCCCGAUGAGGAAUGAUAAGACUGGACACCAUUCUGUUACUUCGACAGGGCCUUGGCCGUCGCCUAGUCCACCCAUGAAGAUUACCUGUAUCGAAAACAAUCUUCAUUGGCCUCACCUCCGAGAAGAAAGUUGUCGUGACAACCCUAUUUUCCCUUUGAAUUCAGCUGCUUAUUCAAUCAACCAACCCGUGAUUACCAAUGAAGAAGCUGUCCAGAACGCGACUGCACAGGUUCAUGCCCGCAAAGACUUCUACACCGGAGAUCCGGAUGCGGCUAAAGAGUUUGGGAAUAUUGGCCAUGACUUUCUCUACUCAAACUCCGCCGAAGCGCUUCCUAUACUUGCCAUACCUAGCACGCUGGACUCUGUGUUAGAUUCUUCAACGCCUUGGGCAGAUUCGCAGAGCUUUGCUAGUCAAACUAACGACGAUGCCAAAUUAUGGUAUACCAAUGACCUUGGCCUUUUCUCCUACAACCCCUUCAACCGCCGAGACCUCUUCAUGCAGUAUCUCCCAGAGACACACGCAAAUGAGAUCAGCAUACGAGGCGAAAAUAGCCAAUCGUAUGAUUUGGAUUUGUCCUACGGCAGAUUCGAUCUUGAUACUGAGUUACGCCAAACCAGUCCAUUCGGAAACGACAGAGUCCAGACCGCGAGUUAUGUUCCUACGGCUAACUGGCGGCCGGACUUCGAUGAAUCUCGCUAUCUUCCAGUUACGGAGAAUCCAAGAUAUCGCUUGGUGCAUGAGGAUGUCUGUGUUAGCGACCGAGAUUACUGUGAUUCUGACCCCCACAGUGUUGACUCUGACGCUGCGAAUAAUCAAGUCUUUGGUUCGUGUGUUAUUCAACGGCAACGGUCUCGUCGACCACGAACUACAUGCAACGGCCUUGGCUUCUCUUGUCCAAUGGGCCCGUGUUCUGCCAUAUUCACGAGCAAAAACGAGUGGAAGCGGCAUGUCAUGGCAAAGCACGUCAAAGCGGCCAUGUGUGUUUCUUGCGAGUCUCUUUACGCAUCCUCGUUCGCUUGCCAUACACUGAAGCGUCAUACUCAAGAGUGUCCGCAUGAAUGCCCCUACUGGCUGUGGGCAAUGUGGGCGUUUUGGAGCCUCGUCAUUUGGUCACGGACUCCAAUACUCGUAUCGGCCAUGAAGAGAAUGCGGUCACAUUUGCUGGGGAUAGGGUUGUUAGGAGCGUGUAGUUAUGGAGACGAUAAUUCGGAUCCGGCUCGUUAAUCUUCUCAACAACGCAGUUUCUUUGGCGUUGGUGGUAUGUUCUCACGAUUUAGCGUAGUGGCAUUUCAUUGGCGUUUGAUAAAGAUAUUUUUUUCGUGAAGCUUUUCAUAGUCCACGAAUCUCUUUAUUCUUAGCUCAUUCCUCUCAAUGUAGUUCAAGUUAGUAGUCAUAGACCGUAUAAUGAAAUAAAGGGCGGUCUCUAAUGGAUGAAACUGCAAUUCAUGCG